UUGACAUUUAAAAUUUAGAGGUUAUAAAAUUUAUUAGAUUUCGCAAGAUUUGACAAAUAUUGGUUGUUGUUGAAAAAUCUUGCUUUAUAUUUCGUAAUGGGAGAUUCUAACUACAAGCCUAAAAUUAAUGCUGGCGAUCAAGAACCAGUUUUAAAGCAGGCGGAAUUAGAUUAUAUGAAGAUAAUAGAGCAGAAAAACCGUGAACGUGUGCAAAAACUACAACAACUAGGAAGAAGAAAUAAAAUUACGGGUUUUGCUAUUGGGGCGGGUGUAUUUAGUAUUUACUUGUACUCUAUAUUUGCUGUUAAGCAAGAAACUUUCCUUGACGAUUUUGACGAACCAGCGAAAAUACAACAAUAA